UAUGCGCAGAGGCAGGUCUGAAGGUCAGGAAUGCUUCCCAGUGAGGCUUUUCCAGGAGAGGACAAAGUUUUUGGCCGUGGGCUCUCUGGGACAGAGUGAAGGGUCUGUGGAUUUAGCCGGGGACACACCAGCCUGCUCUCAGGUGCCUGGACAGGACAGAGGACAAGAGAGGAACAGCUCUCUGAGGAAGCCCAAUCUUUACAAGCUCAUUGCUGGCAGCACUCAAAACCAGUGAGGCUUGGGAAAGUCACUGACCUCCAGUUGUUCUGCUGAGAAACAGCUGGCUCUAUUUCCAUGGAGACCAAGGAAUCUAAAGAUGUGAAAAAGACCCAGAGGAAAUCAGCAAGUGAUCAGCGGAACAUUGACAAUGAAGCAGCCAAGGUGAAACCUGAGUUACCCUUAGAAAAAGAAGAGACUUCUCAAGCUGACCAGGAGAUCCAAGGCAAAGAGCUUCAUCGCCACAUCCCAAUUCAGAGAAAUUCCAUCUUCAACCGCUCCAUAAGACGCAGAAGCAAAACCAAGGCCAGAGACACCCCCGAACGGAACACCAGCUGCCUGGCAGAUUCACAGGACAAUGGAAAAUCUGUAAAUGAGCCCCUGACCUUGAAUAUCCCCGGGAGCAGAAUGCCUCCUUGGAGAACAGCAAUGCAGACAGGAACCCAGAAAAUGAGGUAAGAGGUGGCAGCUCAUGAAGAAGGCAUCCAGGAAAGACGCAUUGGGGACAUUGCUGCAAAGACGUGAUGGGGUUAC